CUGCCCUCUGCACGAGUAAGACUACACGCUAGGUUAAGCACUAAAUUGGGGAACUGUCCAGUGACAGCAGAUAAACACCUGCUCGUACAGAUCAUCCUGAGCCGGAGUUGACGGGAACUGCUUUAAUACAACAAACAUUUGGACCAGUAAUAGAUCCAAGACGUGAGGAUUUGGACUUGAAAAUGUCAGCCGUGAAAAACAAGACAAAAGAAUACUUGACCGUAAAGGAUCUGCAGAAGGUUUUGGACUCAUGCAAACUGCAUCUCAAUGAAGUUGACGAAGUCUGGCCAAAAAUAUACAUAGGGAAUGUGGCAGUAGCCCAAAACAAGGCUGCCUUGCUGAAAUUAGGUAUAACUCAUGUAUUAAACGCUGCACACUCCAAGCGAGGCAGCAUAGGGAACCAAAGCUUUUAUGGCCACGGCUUUGUGUAUUGUGGCAUUCCAGCAGAUGACUCGACGCACUUUGAUCUGGAUGUUUACUUCCAGCCUGCAGCUGAUUUCAUUCAUAAAGCUCUGAAGACACCUGAUGGGAAAGUUCUGGUGCACUGCAUCAUGGGAAUGAGUCGGUCAUCCACUUUGGUGUUAGCCUACCUCAUGAUCUACCGUCACCUCACACUCAAGAAGGCUUUGCAGAAAUUGAUCCAGAAGAGAGCUAUCUACCCCAACAGGAAUUUCUUGGCUCUGCUGUUGGAUCUGGAUCUUCAGCUGACGAGAAAUAAGAAAACAUGUCAGAUCCUGUAAUCAAAGAGAGGUUUACACUUCUUAGUCAAACAGCUGUGUGGUUUCAAGAGAGACGGCGACGCCGGUCUGUCUGUCUGUCGGUGCAGACUGAAAUAUUUCUACGGCUGAUGAAUUGUCAUGAAAUUUGGUUCCACUGCGACUGAAUUUUUGUCAAACUCAGCUGUGCUUUGCGAUUAACACUAAUAAUAUAUCACAUUACAAAGGAAAGAAAAAGGAGAAUGGGAAAGCUGAACACCAAGGAGCGUCACGAUUCUCCAAAUCCAUGAUUUAACUUUUAAGUGAUAUAUAUAUAUAUAUAUAUAUAUGAAAUAAAUAACAACAAAAAUAAUAAUAGUAUUAUAGAUAGAUAAAAAGUUUACUUGGCUUGACUAGUGGAUUUGUUAUGAGAAGUGUGCCUCUCCCGGUGCCAGCUCAUUGCCGCAGUCACAGAAAAAGUGAAAAGUGCUUCAAGCUAUACAGGAUAGUUAAGUUACUUUACUCACACGUAACGUGGAUAGGUAAUAGAUACUGAACGGUCGUGUGUAUUGCUGCUACACGUGGAAAGUUUCUUGAUGUAUUUUUUUUUACUUUAUAACACGGAUGGCGACAUAUAAACGCAUCACAUUAUAGCAAGAAAACAUUUCCGUUGUAACAACAUACUAUUUAUUUUGUUAUAACAUAAAAAUGUUUGAGGUUGUAACGUGAUAACGUAGGUUGUUAAGUUUGUAACAUGAAGAGUUUCACGUUAUAACGAGCUGUUAUAGUUGGUCGCCGGUUGCGGGAAAGGUUGCGGGAAGGUAGGCGGGUAAAAAAAAAAGGAAAAUCUUGCAGUUAAACACCAACAUGCUAAACAUUAGCUUUAUAUACGUUAACAUGUUUACAUACUAAACUUACACUUUACAUUAGCAAAUGAACAUGCUAAUGUUAUCAUUCUGACAUGGUUUUGUAAAUAUUCGCUGCUAAUAGCACGUUAACAUCCAGCAGCAUGCUGGUUGCAGGCAUGUUAACACGCUAGCACACUGCACAGCUGAGCCUGAGUACAGUUGAGGCUGACAAAGUCAACGUCAAACUGGGAGAAAGUUGCACCAAAUCUGUGCCUGACAAGUCUGAGGUGUGGCGAUAAUAACAUAACCUCAGUAUCUAACUAAAUUGCUACCGGAGCUAUAGGCUUUGUUGGGGUUUUUUAAAAAUGUUUUUGGAGGCAGUAAUGUUAAAAACAAAGAACAUCGACAGUUUGGUUGCAAAACAAAUUAAAAAUUAUUGUAAUGUGAAGUGAAGACUGAACAAUGAAUGCUAUAUAAUAAUUAUAAUAAGAUUUUAGGACUAUUUUAUGUCUACAGCGCACUCUUGUAAGAUGUUUCUUUCUUCAACGUCUCACUUUGUAUUACAUCAGAAUGGACCAAAUGUCUUAUGGAAAAUGUUUUUUUUUAACUCUGUAGAGGACUCAUUAAAUAUAGUUUGUUUUUUUAAGUCAACAUUCAAAAAAUGGGAAUCAAUUUACAGCACCUGUCUCUGUGCCCCCUUCACUGUUCACAGUAUGAAACUCCUUUGGCGUACUAGUGAAGUCAGUUUGAUCAACACUGUACAUCAGAAGGUUUCAGGUCUUUUGAUUGUCAUCUGUAGACACAUUAGAAGGCACACAGACUCAUCUGUUAUAUACAAUGGUAGAGUUUGACACCAGUGAUUCCCGUAUGUUAUAAAUCAUUGUGUCUCAAACUCGCUAUAUCACACUCCUACACACAACAUUAAAAUGAGUUUACUGUGAAUAAACAAAUAGUAUGUGGAAAACUACAUGACACUGGAGUCAGAUAUUUUA